AUUCGAUAUAAAAUUUUUGCUACAUUCAGCACGUAUGUACAGUCUCGAGUAAAAAUCUCUUUCUCUUCUAGUAUAAUUCAAUAUGCGAAACUUUAAGUUUCUCCUUUUAUGUCUUUCAACGAUUAAUACUAUCAACCAAUGUGCAGGAAAAAGCCCCUCCAGCAGUAAAGGAAGCAGUAGUAAAGGUAGUGGGAGCAGCGAAGGAGGAGGCGGUGGAAGAUACGGAGGCGGUGGAGGUUACUCGUAUGGAGGCGGAAGAAGUUACACUUCUAAUUAUUACUACUAUUACUAUUACUCUCAUCAUCACUCGGGUUCUGAUCCUCAAGAAGGUGAUUCACCUAUACCCCCCUUGCCAGCUCCAACUGAUCAGGAUAAAAUUGACGCUGCGGACAUCGUCAAUGCUCAAUUUGACGAAAAAGUCAUAGGAUCUAAACUGCCAUUCCGAGAACCAAUCAACCGACAAGUUAUAAAUCAUGAGAUUGCAGUUUAUAAUCAUGGGGAUCGUUUAAUAAAGGAGAAAUAUUUACCAAAUCAUAAAAAGAAUCCACCAUUUAAAGAUUUGUGUUUCGCUUUGGUCAAUGAUCCGGUUACUGUGUUGACAAUGUUUUUGGGAGAAUUCCUUCACAGGAAAGAUGAAACGUUUAUUAUUAUUGUUUUGACAUUGUGUCAAGAUAGGUCAACAAUGCAUUACAUUUACGAUCAUACGCAUAAGAACCACCUGAAUAAGAGACGUAGAAAGCAAAGGCAUCCUUUUGCCAAUUUGAUGAAAGUUUGGAUUGAUAGGGAUCGUGAUCCAGAAGGCAGUGCUUUCACCCCACAAGAUAUACAAAAAGAUGUAGACAGCAUGAAGAACGAAUAUCCCCACUGGAAAAAAACUAGAGAUUCGAUAGAAAACACUCUAAUCAAGAAAUGCUACAAUUUCUCAUUGAGUGUUGUACAAGAAUUCGAAGCUGAUCUCAAAAUUACCAUCGAAGAAGCCAUCAGUCAAAAGAUCAAAAAUCAUGAUCUAGUCGAUGCCUACACUUCUUUGGCAAUGUACGUAAAAGAUAAAUACAACUACAUGGCUACUACACUGCAGAAAUACUGCGAUGGCAAGGAUCGAUGGGCUGUCUGGAUAAUGAUGAUAGGUUCCACUGAUCCUGCAGACUGGCCCAAGAUAGACGUUGCUUUCAAAAAAAUCAACAAGAAUGUGUCAUUAAAAGAUCACAUUUUGAAAGUUACUGAAAAUGAAGCUGAUCGAAUACCUUUUGAAAUGAUGGCAGCAGUGAUUGAUCCUACGUACAAACCUUCCUAUAUGGGGGGAGGGGGAAUAAGUACUCAAGAAAAACCAAAUUGAUUCAAAAAAAAAUCUGUCUGCUUUUAGAAAAUAUGUUUUUGAUAUCAAUAGUCAUUCACCGUCGAUAUAUCAUCAAUAGCACCAAUAAUCACAUUGAUUUUUCACAAUUACUACUCCGACCACGCAACAUUUUUUAACCUUUAA